AUCGUAAAGACGAGCUCAUCACGCCUUCGCCGGAGGAUACGCUCCGAUCUCUUGGUUUAAUAUCCGGUGACCUAAUUUACUAAUCUCUUGAGGCUGACAAAUUUUCGUCGGGAAUUGAGAGAUUAUCAAACCAAGCUCCUCAAUCGGAGAGUUAUCAUGCGAUUGUUCAUGAAUCUAUGGGUAUUGGAGUCGCAGAGGUUGAUUCUAAUCUGAAUUCCGGCGUAGAAGAUUCAGCGGAAGGAUACUUUGCUCUGUUGCAAAUGAUACUUCCAUCUCUUCUGUUGGUCCAGUUGGUCAAUCCCUUUCGACGAGGCUAUAUUUCAUUGGGAGUGAAAUCUCCAAGUCCAUGUUUCCAUGGUUCUUUCUCCAUUCUGCAUGCCACAUUUGGCACUAUCAUUGAAGAGGAAUUAGGUGGUCCUGUCGAAUCUUUCUUUAGUCAGUUUUCUCAAGAAAUUGUAGCAGCAGCAUCCUUUGGUUUUCAAUCUUCUGAGAACAGAGCUGUUGAAUCAGCUAUUCCACAAGUUGCUCUUCAAGCAUUGGCUUUUCUGAGUGAAAACACCGCUGCGCAGAGCUUUGUUAACUCUUUCACAUGUUUGCUUAUUACAGACUGUUGUUGCUUCCAUUGCGUAUGGGAUGCUGUUAUGGAGAAUAAGGAUCUCAUGAAAUUUCUCCAGACAAUACUGCUGCUUCCUCUCAAGUUGAAUCUGACAAUGACGACCAAUCUGAACGUUCGAGCACGACGGAGUGUGAAGUCAUGGAAACUAAUUAAGCCAAUGGAACUCCAGAUAUUCUAUUUUCACUUCUAAUUAAUACUAAAUAUCAAUGUUUUUU